AUGGAUCCUUCUGAUUCUCUCUCCCUCUCCCAAGAACAGGAAGCACCCAAAAAAAACGGUGUCGUAUUUGUCAUACUGCGAUGUGUUCUUGCGAUUGUUUUCCCUUUCCUCUUCCUUCUCUCUAUUCCAUUUCUGGUAGGAUUGCUGGUCCUUAUGUUCGCAGAUUUCUCUAUCCCCAACCCCAUCUCUCUCCCUUCACAGUGCAAAAUAGUCUCCACCGGUGUUGAUAUUAGGUCAUCUAAGAUUUGUGAACUUGGAUUGAUAAAUUAUAAAUCAAAGGAUGUGUUUCAGCAUUUUGAAAGAAGUAAAUUUCGCUGCCGCUAUGAUUACUAUUGGGCUUCAGUAUUCAAGGUGGAAUAUAAGGAUCAUUUUUCUGGUCAGACACAAGUUGCGUUUGCUGAGGCUCCAAAUGAGGCACUUCCUCUUUACUGUAGGCCUAAUUUUGGUGCUGCAUGGCUGACACAAUAUAAAUUUAAGGUCAAUGAGACUUAUAAUUGCUGGUACACAUCUGGCAUUUCCAAGGUUCGGUUACCUCAAGAUAAUCUUUUUGGUUGUGAUGCCCACCAGCAGUCUACUCUUGAGAAGAGUAAACAAUAUUCUACCAUGGCGAUGGAUAUGGCAAUUUCCUGGUUUUCCAAUAGAGGAAGGACCAAACAUUGGAGGUGGGAAACUUUAGCUGGAAUUGUAACUGGGUUCUUAACUUCAUUGGUCUCCAUAACCUUCAUUAGGUUCCUACAUCUACUGCUAUCUUCUAUAUAUCAAUCUUUCACAACAUGGAUAUUUUCUUGGCGUGUCAAUGUUGUUCUCAUCAGGCGCAUCUGUUUUCUUUUGGCAUACUUAUCUUUUGUGGUUUGGUUAGCUAUAGAAUAUGGGAAGAGACUUGGUCUCAUGGACAUAUUUAGUUUCCCUAAAUUAUAG